AUGUCCGCGAACACCAGCGCCCGUCGCCGGCACCUUACGGACUUUCCCGACGGCGUCGUCGCCCAGAAUCCCGCCGGAAGUGGUGAGCUGCGGUACACCGGCGGACCAUCGUCUGCAACCGCACUUCCGCCGUUUGCCGCCCUGCCGCCGGAAGUGGUGAUACGCCGUCGUUCGUCUCGUUGUCGCCCGACUCCCGCCGGCACCACGUCUGCAACCGCACGUCCGCCGUGUGUCGCCACGCUGCUGGAAGUGAGGACCUUGAUGGAGGGGUCUGGAUUAUAUACAGAACACUGCAGUGAAUACACCUCAAUCUACCAAGCAGACCCUAUGUUCCCUACUGGCAGCGAGAUCAUCCUCCAAUUCUCUCGAGACAUAUCGGGCUCAUCGAGUAACUAA